AUGGCGUCAAUUGGCUCCGAUGGAGCACAGCAGACACAAGGAGAACUUCAGCUCUCGAGCUCUAGCUCAACCUCCAACUCCAGCAGAGACAGUGACAUGGCUAGCAAGUUACAAAAGGCGACAAGUCUAACGAUCCGAGUGUUACAAGAAAUCACCGAUGAUUUCUCCGAGGAGCGAAAAAUUGGUCAAGGCGCGUAUGGAAAGGUUUACAUGGCAAAGCUUGAAAAUGGAGAAGACAUUGCUGUAAAGAUGCUUUACAAUAACACGCCAGGAAUUGACGAUGUACAAUUCCAGCGUGAGUUCCAAAAUCUUAUGAGGCUUGAGCAUGACAACAUUGUAAAGUUAGUUGGCUACUGCUACGAGACACAACAUCAACCUAUGCAAUACAUGGGAAAAACUAUUUUUGCUGAAAGGACAUAUCGAGCACUUUGCUUUGAUUACAUGCAGAACGGAAGCCUUCAAAAGCAUAUUACUGCGGAAUGUGAUGGACUUGAUUGGCACACACGUUACAAAAUUAUAAAGGGUACAUGUGAGGGAUUAAAACACCUUCAUGAAGGAUUUGAAGAACCAAUUUAUCAUCUAGAUCUUAAACCUGAUAAUAUAUUACUAGACAAGAACAUGGUACCCAAACUUGCCGAUUUUGGUUUAUCCAAACUCUUUGGUGGUCAACAGACCAUGACUACACAGACUCCUAUAGGAACAAUUGGAUACUUGCCGAUGGAAUUCCUGCAUGGAAACAUUGUCUCGAACAAGUUCGACAUAUUCAGCUUGGGUGUCGUAAUGAUAAAGAUAAUUGCAGGCCAUGAAGCCUACUCCAGAAGUGUCGAAAUGGACCGUGGAGACUUCCUUGAUCUACAGUCAUGGCCCUGA